CGGCGUUAGAGAGAGGGAGAGGAGAGGCCCGGCAAAUGAGUCAAGAAUAUUUAAGCCGUGAAACCUUAGAGAAGACUCCAGUCCUGUCGAAGACGUCGAAGGAGGAGGAACGAACGCGUGUAUUCGCCGGGAGAGGAAUCAUUUGCAUAAUCAUCUGAAAUGGCUCGUGACAGGACCCAGGUGUGGAUCUGGCUGGCGGUACUCGGAGUGUUCAUUCAGUCCUCUCAAUGUCUGGGUUGGGGGUCCUCCUCUUGCUCUCUCAAGGAAGAUGACCUCAAGAAGCUGGAGGAACUCUGCACUAAGACGGCCGAAGUGGUCAACGCCUCAGUGGCUAGUCUUGAGCUGAAACUAGAGCGAGUUCUUACGUUCGUCGAGGAAAUGAAGAAGCACGAGAACGCCUGGAUUGAGGAAACCAGUACGUCGAACGGUUCAAAAGGGACCGUCGAGAGGGACGUUUCGACCCAGGAAGCCGUCCUCGUGCCCUCGGUGCUGACGAGCACUCCGACGCAGGUGGAAGCUGCUGAGGUCCAGGGGCAGGAGAGUCAGAACAGCAGCUACAGGAACAUCCAGACCACUCGCUUACACCCUUCUUUUCAACAUUCCGUCUUCCACUUCCCCUACAGGAGAAUGCGAAGCUCAGGUCAUCGACAACCACGAAACUAUCGGCAUGUUCUAUAUGACCUCCUUCCGCCACGGUCACUGCGCCAACAGACACCCGAUAACUGCGCCUAUUCGCCAUUGCCUCGGCUACUGCGCUACCAGGACCUAUAUUGAACGGGAAGCAGGAAUCUGGAGUCAAGGCAACCGCUGCAGUAGCUGUCAGGUGGACAAGCUGGAAACCCUCAAAAUCCCUCUCGCUUGCGAUGACGGCUUCACCUUCGAGAAAGCCUUUGAAAACGUCGUCAGUUGUCGCUGCCAGCCUUGCAAGCCCGUCAAGGAAUAGAAGGACGUCUGUUUAUUACGUGUAAUAAUUUCUUCUCAUUUCGGUGUUAUGUGAGAGACAUGUGGCGUUGUAUAUGUUUGUUUAUUCUAUAUAAAAAAAAAAAAGAACGAAGGAGGUGGGGAUAUAUAAACGUAUUUGUAAACUGGGACUAGAAUGGUUUAUUUACAAAGAGAAGGAGAGAGAUUAACAAAUAGGUUCCUAUGGUUUACGGAUCUAUGUUCUUUGUUUACUGGAGUUUUGAAUAAUUUGAGAUUGGAUUAGUUCAUGAUUAUAAAUAAUUCCGCUUUCA